CCGCUCAGACGGAAGAGAACGACGGGAGCAGCAGCCGUAGAAGAAGACGCGCAGCACGCAGGUGAACUCGUCGGCGGGACACGACAGACACAACUGACACGACAGACACAACAGACACAACUCGAGUCCCAGUCGAACAUCGUACAUCACACGUCGUCCGCUCCGCUUCAUCUGCCCCUCGUCUGCUCACCGACGACGACAUGGGGCGGAAGGUGACGCUGGCGACCUGCUCGUUGAACCAAUGGGCUCUGGACUUUGACGGCAACUUGGAGAGAAUUCUGAGGAGUAUCGAGGUCGCAAGGACCCGCGGAGCCAAAUACCGACUGGGCCCAGAGUUGGAGAUAUGCGGCUAUGGCUGUGCAGACCACUUCUACGAGUCCGACACGUUGCUCCACAGCUUCCAGGUCCUGAGGAAGCUUCUGGAAUCCCCCGUCACCCGGGACAUCAUCUGUGAUGUGGGAAUGCCCGUCAUGCAUCAUAAUGUCCGCUACAACUGUAGGGUGCUGUUCCUCAACGGAAAGAUACUGCUAAUCAGACCUAAGAUGCUGAUGGCAAACAAGGGGAACUACAGAGAAAUUCGCUGGUUCUCACCUUGGAAUCAGUUAAGGAGAGUGGAGGAAUAUUUCCUGCCCAGAAUGAUCCAGGAGGUAACAGGACAGGAUACAGUCCCGUUUGGUGACUGUGUGCUGUCCACGAAGGACACCUGUAUUGGCACCGAGAUAUGCCACGAGCUCUGGAGCCCCAGAAGCCCCCACAUCAGGAUGGGUCUGGACGGUGUCGAAAUCUUCACCAAUUCAUCUGCUAGCCACCAUGAGCUCCGCAAAGCCGAUAACAGAGUCGACUUAGUCAAGUCAGCCACCACCAAGAGUGGAGGUGUCUACCUGUACGCCAACCAGAAGGGCUGUGAUGGAGACCGCGUCUACUAUGACGGCUGUGCCAUGGUGGCCGUCAACGGAGACAUCGUGGCACAGGGAGCACAGUUCUCACUUGACGACGUGGAGGUGAUUACAGCCACGGUUGACCUUGAAGAUGUGCGUAGCUACAGAGGAGAAGAAUGCCAGCCCCAUAUGGAAAGUGAACCCAAACCUUGCCACAGGGUUAAAGUGGACUUCUCUUUAUCCACUGGUAAUGAUCUCUACCUCCCUACCCACCAACCAAUAAGAUGGCACUUUCACACACCCGAAGAAGAAAUCAGUCUAGGGCCGGCCUGCUGGCUGUGGGACUACCUGAGGCGGAGUGGACAGGCCGGUUUCCUGUUGCCUUUGAGCGGCGGCGUCGACAGCUCCUCCACCGCCUGUAUAGUUCACUCAAUGUGUGUGUUGCUCUGCCAGGCUGUAGAGGAUGGCAACAGCCAGGUACUGGGGGACAUCCGCAGGGUGGUUGGGGACGAGUCUUACUGUCCCCAGCAUGCAAAGGAGCUGUGUGGUCGUAUCUUCACCACCUUCUACAUGGCCAGCAAGAACUCCUCCGAGGACACCUGCAACAGGGCCAAAGACCUGGCCAACCAGAUCGGAAGCACCCACAUGAAUAUCAACAUAGACAUGGCGGUGAAAGGCAUUCUGGGAAUCUUCUCCGCAGCUACGGGAAGGUGGCCUCAGUUUCGCGCCAACGGAGGAAGCCAGAGAGAAAACCUGGCUCUGCAGAACGUGCAGGCUCGUGUUAGGAUGGUGCUGGCCUACUUGUUUGCCCAGCUCAGUCUGUGGGCCUCGGGUAGGCCAGGUGGAUUGCUGGUGCUGGGCUCAGCCAACGUAGAUGAGAGUCUGACAGGGUACUUCACCAAGUAUGACUGCUCCAGUGCUGACAUCAACCCAAUAGGAGGCAUCAGCAAGACGGACCUGAAAAGCUUCCUGCUCUACUGUGUCGAGCAGUUCCAGCUCACUGCCCUGAAAGGAAUCCUGGCUGCUCCACCCACUGCUGAACUGGAGCCGCUCACGGACGGACAGGUGUCACAGACAGAUGAGGUAGAUAUGGGGAUGACCUACUCUGAGUUAUCUGUGAUUGGGCGACUGAGGAAGAUCUCAAAGUGUGGCCCCUUCAGUAUGUUCUGUAAGCUCAUUCACACGUGGAAGGAUUCCCUCUCAGCCACACAGGUAGCCCAGAAGGUGAAGCACUUCUUCAGGAUGUACUCCAUGAACCGCCACAAGAUGACCACGGUGACGCCCUCUUACCACGCUGAGAGCUACAGUCCAGACGACAACCGCUUCGAUCUGCGACCUUUCCUCUACAACACGCGCUGGACCUGGCAGUUCAGGUGCAUCGACAACCAGUUGUCUGAGAUGCCGGAUAACGCCCCAAAGCAAUAAAGGCAGGAGGUUUGGAGCGUCCAGUAAAGAUCAGACAGAUCAGAAAGAUCAGUUAUUAUUCUGUGAUGCUCUACAGCUCUCUAAAGUCAAAUACUUAUUACUGUAUUCACAAGUCAAUCCAGCAGCCCUCAUAUUUGUGACAGUUGACUACAUGUCCACUGAAUGUCCUAAUUCCCAAAUGUUGUAAUGAAACAACUACGCUGGACAAAUAUGCGACAUAUGUCAUCAACAUGUACUAUCUUAAAUAUGCCUUAUCUAUGAUCAAUAUUGGCUGAAAUCAGCCAUUCCUAUUUAAUCUUUUUAAAAGCCUUAGCUGAUGAUUCCCAUAUGACUAAACAUACCAUCACAAAAUUACUUUUUAAAUAAAUAUUGCACAAAUA